UGUUUUGUGUCACUGCUUCAGUAAGUCCUGAUCUGGCUCAAGGAUACUCCUCUCUUUAUCUCCUUCACUGCCUCCCUCACUCUCUGGACUCAAGUGUAUGUAAGCUUUCCCGGCCUGGCUGGCAUACCUCAUGGCAGACUCUCCCCUCAACAACUCCUGGCCCUUGUUCUCCAAGCUCUGGAUGAAACGCUGGUCCUUCAAGAGAGCCUCAGAGGGUAAACCAUGCACCAAGCCCUGUGCCCCGCACCCUACAACCAUCUCUGGGCCAGGCUCCGCCUCCCUGUCGCCAACCUCCAUCUCUGAGGACAGCUUCUUCAGCAGCACCAAUGAGGACAAGGACUCCUGCUCGGAGGAGAGUGAUUACGACAGCCCGGGGUGUCCAGCAGACCACAGCCUCCUAGAAGACCUCCUCUGCCUCAACUCUUUCAGAGAUUCUGAGUUCUACAGAGACCUGGAGGGAGGAGCUUCGCCCCAGCUCAGCCCCUUUGAACCCUGCCCCCCCUCUGGCCCGGCCCGCUCCCAGACAAACAGACAGCUCCUGCCUCCCCCUCGCCAACAGAGUCCUGAGAGAGGAUCUCCUCCUGUGUCUGUGGUGACCCAGUUCAGCCCCAGAUCAUUUCAGUCCGGCAGCUUCAUGGAUACCACAGAGGACCCAGCGGUGAUGGUCAGCACUACGGUGUAUUUGCAUGGACCAGAGACCCCAGAGAGACCAGUGAGACCAGAGAAGCCAGAGAGACCAGUGAGAGCAGAGAAGCCAGAGAGACCAGUGAGACCAGAGAAGCCAGAGAGACCAGGGAGACCAGAGAGACCAGUGAGACCAGUGAGACCAGAGAGACCAGUGAGACUGGUGAGACUCGAGAAGCCAAAGAAAUCAGAGAGACUUCUGAUAUCAGAGACCCCAGUGAGACCAGAUGGACCAGUGAGACCAGAUGGUCCAGUGAGACCAGAUGGUCCAGUGAGACCAGAGAGAUCAGAGGAGGAGGGGGAAGUGGUGUCAGACCCAGAGAGAUUCCCCUUCCUGGUGCGCUCCAUGUCCACCUCCCGCAGGCACAGCCUGGGGGUCCCUCUGUCUCCUGUGGACCUGGGCCGGAGGUUGAGUCUGGAUGCGGCUAUGGACAGUGACGAGGAGGGAGAGGAUCCCAUCCAGCAGGCCUUGCCGUUCCCAGCAUGCACUGGGACAUGUCUGAAGGAACAGUCAGAUGUACCGUGUCUGAGGAACGAUGCAGAGAUGGUGUGUGGGAGGAUGCUGUACUCACGCUCGGAGAUCCUGGCCACGGAGGAGCACUCCCAUGUGGCACGUGUUUCUUACGUUGUGGAGACGUCCAAGCAGGCCGCCAGAGCAGCCGGAGAGGAGCUGGACCCAGAGGAGAACCUUCACUCUGCAGAGGGACAGAGUCACAUAGCCAAACACAGGAAUACCAGAUCAGAAAACAAAGAUGCAGGAAAUGUCACCUGGUACGAAUUCCUCUCCAAUGAUGGUCCACCUACUGUGUCUUCUGGUGGACAUGAAGAGGAGGAUGAGCGCAUGGAGAGGGUGGAGAAGGGGACCAAGGUGAAGCGUACACUGAGCUCUCUGAGGAGCAGAGUCACUGGCUCCUUCAACAAAGACAAGGGUAAGAAUCGAGAGAAAGAGCAACAGAGAGAUAAGGAAAGAGAGAGGGAGAGAGAGAGGGAGAGAGAGAGGGAACCCAAAAAGAAAGGUUCUGUCCGUAGCAGCAGUGGUGGCCAUCAUCUUGUGCCUGGCUCCUUCUCCAGCUGUGCCAGCUGCUCUCUGUGCAGCAAGACCCUACAGAGGAAGCAUGGCCUGCAGUGCAUGAACUGUGCUGUGAACGUCCACAAGAGCUGCAGGACCCUGCUGGCAGAGUGCAGCAACAGCAGGAGCAAGAAAGAUUGUCUUCAUAGGACCCCAUCCUCAGCUUCACCUAACUUAGGUGAGGCUGAGCACACACACACAGCCCUAAGGGACCGGCACCAGCGGCCCCCGCACAGCCUCGCCGCCCCGCCCCAGGAGCCUGAUGGCUGGCAGCGUGCCCCAGGCAUGACCCUCACGCCGCCAGCUCCCAGCGCUCAUUCUGUCGGUUUAGCCAACUCCAGCAGCGACGCUCAGGCCUUCCCCGGCCUCAGCUUCAGGCCCAGCUACACCCACAGCUCAGGAUCCCUGCCAGGGGAUAUGGACGAGACUGACGUCUUCCGCCUCAAACGCAGCGACGACGCCGUCUCCCUCGCCCCCUCCACCACAGACUCCACCAUCGUAGAGGAUGCGUACUUCUCGGCCGUGCGUGCAGACCUGGAGACUGAUGCUCAGGACCUGGGGGAGGAGUCAUGGAGCCAGGCAGUGGACCAGACCUUUGUUAAGAAGCAUUCCAAGGAGAUGGUGAAGAGACAGGAUGUCAUCUAUGAGCUGAUGCAGACGGAGAUGCAUCAUGUGCGGACCCUUAAGAUCAUGCAGUGUGUGUAUGUGAGGGAGCUGAGGGACAGCCUGCAGAUGGAGGAGCGCCGGCUGGACUGUCUGUUCCCCCGCCUGGAGAACCUUCUAGAACUCCACACACACUUCCUGUUCCGCCUCAGAGAACGCCGGCGGAACUCCUUGGAGCCUGGCAGUGACAGGAACUACUGCAUCCAGAGGCUGGCUGAUGUCCUGGUCUCACAGUUCUCGGGUGAGGUUGGGAUUCGCAUGAAGGAGAGCUAUGGAGACUUCUGCAGCCAACACACUGAGGCGGUCAGCUACUACAAAGAACAGCUGCAGAACAACAAGAAGUUCCAGACCCUUGUGCGGAAAAUCAACAACUUGUCUAUUGUACGGAGGUUAGGGGUGACUGAGUGCAUUCUGCUAGUCACCCAGCGCAUCACCAAGUACCCUGUCCUGGUGGAACGCAUCCUGCACAACACUGAGGUGGGUACGGAGGAGCAUGAGGAGCUGGCGCGGGCGCUGGCUAUGAUCAAGGGCGUCAUCGUCCAGGUGGAUGCGUUGGUCAGCCUCCAUGAGAAGGCCAUGCGCCUCCGCGAUAUAGCCAACAAGAUGGAGCCUAAGUCCCUGGGCAAGAUCAAAGAUGGCCGCGUGUUCAGGAGGGAAGACCUGCUGGCUCAGGGACGUCGCAAACUUCUGCAUGAGGGCACCGUCACCUGGAAGGCCGCCUCCGGCAGACUCAAAGACAUGGUGGCUGUGCUGCUGUCAGAUGUUCUGCUGCUGCUGCAGGACAAAGACCAGAGAUACGUCUUCUCGACUGUGGACAACAAGCCGUCGGUGAUCUCGCUGCAGAAGCUAAUUGUCAGGGAGGUGGCCCACGAGGAGAAGGCCAUGUUCCUCAUCUGCGCCUCGUCCAAUGAGCCAGAGAUGUAUGAGAUCCACACCGCCUCCAAGGAGGAGCGCAAUGCCUGGAUGACCCACAUCCGGCAGGCUGUGGAGAGCUGCCCCCCUUCAGAGGAGAGACUCUUCAGCGAGGAAGAGGAGGCCAGAGCUGCCAGGUUCAAAGACUUCCAAGAGCGUCUCAGCCAGAAAGACCACCAGAUAGCACAGGGCCUGAGGGAGAAGCUGCAGCUGUUUGCAGACAUGGUGGAGUGUGUGUCGUCUCUGGAGGACCCGGGGUCUCGCUCCCGGCUGCUGCUCCGAGGAGACGCCUCUGACCUCCAGCAGGGGGAGCAGCUUCUGCAGGGCACCAUCCAUGAAGUGGAGAUGCUACAGAAGCUGCUGCUGUCAGGGGGGAGGGAGGCAGCCGUGUGGCCCUGUGAGGGUCCAGGUUCCGGGGCUCUGCCCAAGAGAGCAGACACCUUCGGAGGUUACGACAGCACGCCCACCCUCCUCAGCAAGAAUGGAAGUGUGAAGAAGAACAGUUCAGGAGAGGUGCGGUGCAGAGAGCGGAGCCAGAGGGCCAGCUCUGACCCACAGCUGAAGGAUGUCUGUGCCGACCAGACCCUGGAGAAGACGGAUGAAGAGCCGUCCUCUUCACCUCCCAGCUGGAGCCCCAUCUGGUUCAGCAGCUUCCCCGAGGCAGAGUUCUUUGACAGAGUGCGGAUGCUAUCUCAAAAACUCUAUAGUCUACAGGCCAUCAUCUGUCAGCAGGACAGCCACAUUGAGCUACAGCGCGCCUCCCUCACCGAGCGGGCCUCCUUUCCGGGCCGUCACCGUGGCAAUGUGCUGCUAGAGCAAGAGAAGGCUCGGGCGCUGGCACUGCAGAAGGAGGAGCUGGCCAGCUUCCACAAGCUGCAGGCCCAGCAGCGCCAGGAGCAGGCGCGCUGGCAGAGAGAGAGAGAGAGGCACCGGCUGCAGGCCGACACUGCGGAGACACGCCUCCGGCAGAGAGAGGACGAGUGCCGCAGGAUGGAGGAGCGCCUGGCUGAGGAGAGAGAGGAGCUGGAGAGACAGAGAGAGACCUACCAGCAGGAUCUGGAGAGGCUGAGGGAGUCCACCCGGGCGGUGGAGAGAGAGAAGGAGAAGCUGGAGCAUCAGAGGAAGAUCAAGAGGAAGACUAUUGAGGUGGCGCCUCUCUCUGGCAGCCUGAACGGGGACCUCCUGCUGGGACUGGGGGCCAGUCCUGGUGGAGGGGUGCUGGUGUCUGAUCUGUCCCUCCCCCAGAAGCCCCACAUCCAGCGUUCCAGCCUAUCGGUGUCCCCAGCCGACUACCCCGAGGCGCUGCGGCGCGAGAGCACCCCCCUGGCGGUGAAGACGGAGGUGCCGCUGCACCUGGUCAGCACCACCAACCAGCAGCACAAACAGCUGGGCGUGCAACAGCAGAUCCCCACCAAGCUGGCCCUCAUCCGGGGGAAGGACAAGCCCAGCAAGGGCAAGGCCUCACACCGCACAGACAGCACAGCCUCAGUGGAUAUGAAGCAGAUUCUGCCCCUGAAGCUGUCCUCCAGAGAAGACUCUCCUCACCAGAGAACCCGUUGCUCCGUCAGUCCCAGCCAGCAGCUCCCCCUCGCCCACUCCUUCCACAUGGAUCUUGUCAGUCCUCCAGACAGUGGACCAGAUCCCCAGCCCCCCGACUCCUGCCAGCCUGCCAGCCUGCAGCUCACCCCCCAGCCCCCCUCCCUCAGCACCAGCCUGCCCUCCCCCUACAAGAUCACAGAGGACCUUGGCAAGGAGGACGUCAUCUUCUUUUGAAGACCCGAUAAGGAGCCGGAACACUGGCCACGUUCAUGAUUUUCUUCCAAAUUAUGUCAUUCCUGUCCUUAAAAGACUCAGAGGAAUCUAUUUUUACCUGGGAAACAAAAAAAGUUCAAUGAAGUUUCUUCUUUUGUUUUAAUUGAACUACAAUGAACUAGUUUAUAUGGAAUGAUGAGAGACAACUGAAGAGUUAACCUUGGAAGGUUGCUGUCUCAUCACUCGUGAAGUGAAAAUCCCUCACCACCCAAAGACUUAAAUCCUGUGAGAGGAGUUAAAGAUCUUAUAGGACCUGGGCAGUCAUGACCAUCGUCAUGUGAAUAAGGACCUAAGAACCCUAGAGAACUAACCCUAACCAUGGUAGUUUAGAGUUUCACUGCUGGAACUUGGAGACUGCAGAACAUGACAGAACAACCACAGGAAGUUAUUAGCACAGGACUUCCUCACAGUGUGUGUGUGAGAGAUGCAGUCUACACACUCCCUUACAGGCAAACCUACAUACUCAAAUUGAUGUUUUUCAGGGGGAGUUGACUUGUAGAUAACUUCUCUGUGAUGGAUAAUUUAAAUGUUUGGUUUUAUGUGUUCUUAAUAAUGUAAUUAUUACACAAGACACUGAAGUGAAGCAAUUAUCCACUGUCUGUUCCAGAUACAAGGAGAUUUUAUCUCAUCUUUUUUGUUUGUUUUUUUACCAAAUCUCAACUUUUUAUUCACACCAACAUUUGAUUGAGAAAUCCACAUGUGGUUAUGUGUGGUAUUGACCACCAUUUCCUCAAAUUAUUUAUUCAUUUUUUUGUCAGUUUCUCAAACAAACUAUUGAGGGUUUGUUGAUAAAAAUAACGUAUCACAGCCUAUCCUUAGUGAUAAACAUUUAUUUUCAAUAGAGAAGAUUUGACCUGAAGUCACACAUGGAAACAUGAGAAGAGACCUGAGGAAUCCAGUAUGUUACAAAAAGAAGACACAUUUAUUAGUGACACGAUGUGACAUGAGAGAUUGGCGAGCUCAGAACAAACGUGGGUCCUCCUGCCUUUCCUCCAGGGGCAGCCAGGAACAGUGAUGAGCCACAUCAAGGCGACCGGGUUUGUUCAAAUUUGAGUAACUGUGUCUGACGGGAUUUCAGUUUGUGACUCAAAGCUUUGACUGAUCCUCAGUAAUGUCAGGUGUUGUGUUAGCCCCUGACAUGUUGUUAGUAUGUCUUAAUGGUGACAUAUUGGCACAUAGCAUGUCUUAGCAUUUCUUAAUGGCGAGGUGUUGGCACAUGGUUUGGGUGGGUUAGGCUUAACCCUAAGUGUGUUGUUAGCAUGUCUUAAUGCUAAGGUAAUUUGUCUCCUUGCUAAACAGACAGCUGUCAGGAAGGAAAGAUAUCUGUAGAUGUCAUACAGAGCCCUGCCCUCAUAAAGUGAAACGAUAUGUAAAUAUGGCUUGUGUAGGUACACAUGCCUUGGGGUUUCUGCCUGUCAAAGGGCUGUCCCUUUCCACAUUUUGGAUUUUUGUCCAAAUAUAAAUUUGGUAUGUGAGCUUUUAUCACUUGUUGGUGUGAGCAAACACAUUUCUUGUUGACAUAAUGUUUAUGUAUAUAUGGUAUGUAUGUGAUGUCAUCAGUACGCGCCAACAGUUGCACAUGUAUGUAAGACAAUGGAUCUGAUUUAUGUAGUCUACAUGAAGACAAUGUAGGUCAGACAAUACAAAAUGUGUGCCUAGUCUAUAUGUCUAUACACAUUUAGAUUAAAAUUAUUUCAGACUUUAGGUACAAAAUAUUUAAUUUCUUAACCUGUGUUUUUGUAAAUCAUCAUGAUGAUGAUGGCAAGGUGCACUUUUACUUUGGGACCUGUGAUUCUUUUGUGUGUGUGUGUGUGUGUUUCAUCAGCAGUAUGUAGCAGCACUUACUCCUCCAGCUUGUUUGUUUUAUCUGGGUUAGGUUGGUCAACCAAAGAGGCAAUUGGAGUACAUUAGUGAUAAUGUCAAUACGUUCAUUUCAACAACAGUUUUAUACAUGAGGAG